AUGUGUGGCAGCUACUACAGAAACUACUAUGGCGGCCGCGGCUAUGGAUGCUGUGGCUAUGGAGGCCUGGGCUAUGGCUAUGGAGGCCUGGGCUGUGGCUAUGGCUCCUGCUGUGGCUCUGGCUUCCGCACCCUGGGCUGUGGCUCUGGCUGUGGCUAUGGCUAUGGCUCCCGCUCCCUGUGUGGCUGUGGCUAUGGAUGUGGCUCUGGCUAUGGCUCUGGCUUUGGCUACUACUACUGA